AUGGCAGUCUCGGUGAACUCCGGUUGGAAAGUACCAUUCGGAUAUUUUCUAGUGAACGGUUUCACUGGAGAGCAGAAAGCCAACUUGACCAAAGAAUGCAUAACCAAGUUGCACGAAGCAGGGGUGAAGGUGGUGUCUUUUACGUGUGAUGGCCCCACGUCUCACCAGGCGAUGUUGAAAUUGCUCGGCGCUCAACUGUCACCUAGUAACUUGCAAGCGUAUUUCCAACAUCCAUGUGACCCGAAAGCCAAGAUCUACAUCUUCCUAGAUGCUUGUCACAUGAUAAAGUUGGUAAGAAACACCAUGUCGGACUGGAAGGUCCUAAAGGAUAAGGAUGGCAAUGUCAUCAAGUGGCAAUUUGUGGAAGAAUUGCAUAAAUUACAAGAGUCAGAGGGCUUACAUCUUGCCAAUAAGCUCCGAUCCGCUCGCAUGAAAUGGAAGCCACAGAAAAUGAAGGUAAAUCUAGCAGCACAGGCACACGAGUGUUGCAGAUGCCUUGGAGUAUUGUGAAGGUAAGCUGAAAUUGCCACAAUUUCAAGGGUGUGGUCCAACAGUACAAUGUAUUCGUGUUUUUGAUCAUCUUUUUGAUGUUCUGAAUUCCAGGAAUCCGUUGGCGAGAAAUUUCAAGGCGCCAAUUAGAAGAUCGAACUAUCAGUACACAAAGAAGUUUCUCGAUGAGGCAAGUGAGUACAUUCGAAAUCUGAAAGGUCCAGAUGGCCAGUCGAUCCUUGUGUCAAAAAGGAAAACAGGAUUUCUUGGUUUCCUUUUGUGUAUCAAUGCCAUUGUGGGAUUAGCAGAAGAUAUUGUUAAUGCCUAGAAUCCUGUCCUGAAGUAUCUUCUGACGUACAAGAUGAGCCAAGAUCACUUGGAAUUAUUCUUUUCAGCUGUGCGAGCUUGUGAUGGGUGGAAUAAUAAUCCAACAACUCGGCAAUUCGUAGCAGCAUACAAGCAACUGCUGAUGAGGCACAACAUCGAAGGAGGACGUGGAAACUGCACUCCUCAAGAUGAUACGGAGAUAUUGAACAGUGUCCAGGAUCAACAUGAAAUCAACUCUGUAGCUACUGGAAUUUCUGAUGUGGCGAUUGCAAGGAGAUAUGACUUGGAGUUGAGACGGCCAGCUGCAGAUGAUCACGACUACUGUGAUGUUUCGAACGCCAUGGAACUAUCUGAGUACAAAGAGGCAGCAAUAUCUUAUAUCGCUGGGUAUGUGGUGAAGAUGGUGGAAAAAAAGAUCCACUGUCCACAAUGUCUAGCAGUGUUGACAACGAGCAAAGAAAGCAUUCCAGAUUUAUUCGUAACAUGGAAAACAAAUGAAGGCCUGAAACUACCAUCACUCGGCCUCAUCAAAAUAUGCGAGGAAACUGAGAAGUGUGUAAUGAGAAUGCUAAAUGUAAAUGGAGGUGGUUUACCUCAUGGCGCUGGACUUUCAAGUGCGAUUGCUACGACAGUGUUAUCAGUCUGUGUUGGAAGCGGGGUCUUUAGUACGUUAGACCAACACAUGUUUCAUUCGACUCCAGGAAACAACCAUGUUUUUAAGUUGAUUCAAUGCUGCUGCCAGAGUUACGUGACGAUCCGAAUGCACCAUUUGAGCAAGACGAGAAAUGCAGGAAUGCACGACAAGGUAGUGCGUAAACAGUUUUCGAAGCUUGUGCUGUUCAAACACCAGUAGUUUUCAGCCUGGGCACAAUUGUGCUUUCGAGGUAAUUGCCCAUACCUAUUGAUACAAUGUCAAUGAUUGGUUCAAGCUGAUGACACAGCGAGGUUCUGCAUGUCUCUGAGAACUAUAAAUUUCUAUUUCAAAAGCAAUCUUGAAUUGCUUAACUUGUUCAGACGAUUACGUGAUGACUAUUUAAAACAUGAGAAGCAGUGUUUUAUCAGAUAUAAAUAUGCGAGACGAAGCUAGCUGAGUAUCUUUAUUGGUCUGAUAAAACACGCACUGCGAAUGUUUUACAGCAAAUUGCUUUAAUAACAAUCGAUCUAUAUAGUAAGUUCACUGGCGAGGUAAUUUUCAAAAAAUACAUUGUGUAAGUCGAGAAAAUCAAAGUUGAAGUUUAUGUAAAUCAAAGGAAACCUCUAUCACAUAUAAAAUACGACAUGCUUAUAUAUAAUUUUUCUUUGAUUUCCUCGUGAAUUGUUGAGUGAUUUGAAGACUGUUUAACUAAUCUUUCAUUUUAAUUAUCCCAGUUAUAGACGUUGUAUUUUUGAGAGGAAGGGCGCCUGGCACAAUUUUAUUGUGUUUUGAGGAAGCUUGCAUUGUUGAUAAUGCAUUGUCAAUGGUACCUGCACAUAUUAGAUGUGUUCGAGGGUUGACAAACGAGUAAGGAAAUGAAUGGUGUUUGUAAAGUGUUAAUGAUACCUGAACAUUUUAGAUGUGUGUGAGGUAUAUAACAUAAGAAAUGAAUAUCUUACCUUGAAUUUUCUAGUACAAUAAAUAUAAUUGAAGAUCGAGGUACGUAAUAUACAGUACAUAUACGUAUUACCUGUAUUAGCAGUUUACUAUGUCUCAUGAAUUACUACCAUAUUUACCAUAAAUAUUUUUGUUUAUUUCUAGCUCCAUCGAUCCAUAUACAUCUUAUUCAAUAACUGCGUUGCUGUAUAUUUUAAUUGUGCUUUAUUAUUAUAUAUAUUUAGUUAUAAUAUUUUGAAUUGUAAACCGAUUAACAUGCAUCUAUGUGACAUAUUUAUGUCUUAUUAUAACAUUAAGUUAGAAUACCACUUACAAACUAACAUUUUAAACAACCAGGCAAGCACUUUACCUUUCUUGACACUUAAAUGGGUUGACAAUGAACACAUACUACAUUUAUUUAAUGCCAGCUGGAAGAACAAGGAACAUAAGGGAACAUUAUUAUUCGAUUGAGAUUUCUAAAUGAUAAAGAUGAACUUGAAUUUACUGGUAUACUCUAUAAGUAUAAUGCCAAGUAAGUGUUUAUCAGAUUCACAAUCUUAGUUGAGUAUAUUUAGGGGAUCAUAUUAAUAAGCCUGAAUGAAUGGACAGUGUCACUUGGUCCUUACCUAUGGACACUUGAAUGAUUGGAUACUUAAUUCAUUAAUUGGUGGUAUUAGCCUGAAUGAAUAGACAAUGUCUAUUAUGCAUUAAUGGGGUUAACAUGUAUCAUUAAAAAUGAUAACUCCAAUUUUGCCUUUCCCACCUUCAGUGUUCAAGACAUUGAGAAAGGUGAAGUUGGAUUUAUCAUUUUUAUGUAAUUAUAAACCCCUCAAUCCUUAAUGUCAAUAGAUAAUUUGGUAUAGGUAAAUUAAUAUUGCUUUAUAUACAUAUAUAUAGAUGUGAUGAUUUCUAAACAAAGAUAAAAAGGACUAAAAUACAUAUUCCUCAUCUUGAUGGCCGGAUGACAAAAUUGAAAGUUCAAGAGAAAAUAUAUUUAUACUAUGCUCUUAUUGACUAUUAAUUGGCAUAUUCAACAUUUUCAUCAGUUUUUGAUUACAAAGGAAAUUUCAAGAUAAAUUAACAUAUCCUGCUCAUCAAAUUAUGCUACCACGGUCACCAUGCAUAUCCAACGCAUAUCGAAUAAUGGCUAUUAUAAUAUUCAGUCAUCAAAAAUGCCUAUAAACUUUUCACGUUAUGGACAACUGAGAAGAAGUUUCUGUACAUCUUAUAUAUCAUCAACAUUUUCAUCAAUUAAUUUUCACAGAAUGGAUUAAAUAAUUCAAGAGAAAAUAUAUUUAUGGUAUACAUAUUCCUCAUCACAUUAUAUGCAGAGAUGUGAACCUUAAGUAACAAAAAUGCGGGUGAUAUAUAAUUUUUGACAUGACGUCAUUUUUUGUUGUUGAGAAAAUUGAUUGGUGAUUUAUAAAAGCCUUGCUAAGCCCCAUAUUUCUAACUUCCAUAGAUAUUUAUAUUCUUGUUUAUGACAAAACAGAUGUAUACAAACGUCUUAAGAGUUAAGUCUAGUUGAAGUAGAAGUAGAUGUGCGCAUGCAUACACUCUACCAACCAAAAACAGAACAACGAAUCAGAAGACAGAAUCACAGAAUGCGGGUGAAUUGCUAUAAAAUUUGCUAAUGCAGGUGAUUUUAUGUGCCAAUUUUUCCGCGUGUGAUGAUUCCAAAAUGCGGGUGUCACCCACUCAAUGCGGGUGAGUUCACAUAUCUGUAUAUACUACCAUACCAUAUAGUCUAGCUAUUGGAUUAAUCAUCAUCAAAAUGCAUUUAACCUUACAUUAUGGAUAACAGAAUUGUCAUUAACAUGCCCAGUGCUAAUUUUCAUAUGGAUCACACUGAAGAAAUUAUGCUGUCAUAUCAUCUAGACAUAUAUUGACACUUCAAAUGCUUGAUGUGAAUUGCUACGAUUUGUGUUCAUUUGGCCCAAAAUGUCAAAGAAAGUGUACAUGUUUUGGAUGUGAAUUGGAUUAGUGAAUUUAUAUAAAACAUUAUUUAGUGUUGUUGAUUAAUAUAUAAUAAGUGAAUAAAAUAAUUAAUUGUUAGAGUACUACCUUGUAUACCAUACAUCCUCUACUCACCCCCUCCCCUCACACAUGCAGAAAAAAAUUCCCCUUGAACAUUUAAAGUUUGUUCCUAUUGCAUGAUUAGCCCCCUCCACUGGUUGUUUUAACUUAAUGGGUUAGCAUGCAUUAACCCUCGGUUAACAUUUAACUCGCUGUUCUGGUUUUUGUAUUUCUGCACGUCUGUAAUUUAUUUCAAAAGUUUGGAGAAGAAAAUUCCUAGCGUUAAUUUGAUAUGCUUGGAUAGUCAUGAAAUAAAUAUUUCUAGGAUGGGUUUAUAGAGGACUUAUGGUCAACAAUAUUUACUCCAUUUGGGCAUUAUGUUAAGUGUAGUUGGAAUAUUAGACUUAUUAAUGCUGUAAGAUAUACAUUUGAUUUUAACCCUUAAUGUUAUUUUACUCUGUCUAAUGCCAGGUGAAGUAAUGUUUUACUCGAUCUGUCUAUAAUGCUUGGUGAUUUCACUUUUUUCACUCAAUUGGUGAAUCAGACUAUUUGCCCUACGCUUCGUCUGGAGUUACGGAAUAUACGGACAUUUAAAAUUGUACUUUAAGCUAGUUAACCUAAUCAAGUUGCAUUGCACCCUACCUAUACCAUUGCAACCAAAUUCAUUAUUGCAAAGCUUUCAGUCUAUAUAAAAAGCAGCAUGGGUGCUAGUCAGAAGAAUGGGUCAGGGUGGGAUGUUGGUGUAGCGUUGCGAAUGCUUUUGGCAUAGUGUUUACACCAAAUGCACCCUGGUUGAAAGCUUUGCAAUAAUAAUUUAUACAUGUUUGUAUUUCCACCACAAAUCAAACUUAUAUGUAUUAUACAGUACAUAAUAGUGGGCUACAUACCAAGUGCCAGAGGAGGGCAAUUUUAGGAUUCUAAAAUCUGAUCUUAUAGGUAAAUAGAAUAUCUCCCUUACGAAAAUUUCCUAUAGGAAUUCCUAUAGGAAAAAUUCCUAUAGGAAAAAUUCCUAUAGGAAUUUUGUCCCAAAUUCUUAUAGGAAUUUUUCCUAUAGGAAAAAUUCCUAUAGGAUUUUUUCUACAGGAAUUCCUAUAAGAAUUUAAUAGGAAGAAUCCUAUAGGAUUUUUUCUACAGGAAUUCCUAUAAGAAUUUAAUAGGAAGAAUUCCUAUAAGAAUUCUCAAGUCUAGUCCCAAAUUAUUAUAGGAAUUUCCUAUAAGAAAAUAAGUUAUUCUAAUUUCCUAUAAGAUUUUUGGUAUUCCUGCAGAAAUUCUAGAAUCUGGAUGAAAUAAUAGUAAAUGACAGACAAUGUUGUUCAUCACUCUUAAUUUUUUAAUGCAAAAAAUAGAUAUAAAUAUUAAUAAAUACUAAUUAAUAUUGCAAAUAUAAAAAUUAAUAUGAGAAAUUGGUUAUACUAAACAUUACAAAUCAAUUAUAGUUUUCACCUAUUGUGCCAAAUUAAUCGUUCUACCUCAAUGCAAUGCCAUAUGAUGCAUCCUACUUUAUUAUUUUACUCUGUCUAACUAUUUUACUUUGUCUAAUUGUCAGACUAUUUUACUCUGUCUAACUCCAGACAAUUGUACUUGAAUGUCAAGGGGAAAUGCUGGCUCCGAAUGGGUUAACUAGCCUAUAUUCCUAUAUAUGUGUCUAGUUAACCAAUUGAAUCACAUUGCGCCCUGAUGCGCCUUACUUUAUUAUUUUACUAUAGUUUACUCUGUCUAACGCCAGACGAUUUUACUCGUCAGAGUGCUGGCACUUAAUAAUGGGCUAAACCAUAGGUAAUAACCAUAAUUGACAUUUAAAGUUAAGUUUAAAACUGGCCUCAAAACAUAGUCCUCAAAUAAGUUCUUGUUCUUGUUUGCUUUUCUGUACUUUGCAACACUUUCCCAUGUUGUUUAUAUUUGUCCUCAUAUGUUGACGAACCUCUGAGGCCUUACAUCCAUACUUUGUUGAUAGUUGUAAAAAGACAAAUACAUUUAUUUUAUGUAUACCAUUCCAAUGUGUUUUGUUAGCCCAUUAAAUAUGCCCAAAUGCACCCAAUUUAUUAUUUUACUCUAAGUGGAGAGUCUAGCACUUUAAUAGAAUAAACACAGUAAAAUAACAAAUUAGUACUAAAAGUAGGGCACAUUGCUUCUAAAUAUGCCACACAGCAGCUUUUGCUGUUAAUUAUUAACCUUUCAAUGACCAACAUUCAUUUUGAUUAGUAAAAUCAUCUGAUAAAUAUCAAAGUACUGAAAGUGGGGAUUGAGUGUUAAGCCUAGUUUCCAUUUGGUCAUUAGUUGUCACUGGCACGACAAGUGGCUGAUGUAAUAGAGUGUCAACAAAAAACUCUGCAAUCAUUAAGACUGAUUUGCAUAUCACACAAACAGACUAUUAUUAUAUUAGACUAUUUCACAUCUACCGCUUGUCGUGCCAGCGACAACUAACGACCAAAUGGAAACUAGGCUUUAGGGUGAAUUACAUCUAAAUGUGCUAACGCCAAAUAAUGCAAAAUAGUCUGGUAUUAACAGGGAAAAAUAUUGAGCUUUGAAAUAGAGCACAUUAGUGUGAAUUUGUGAAUUGGGUCUUAAUGAGUUUACACAAAACACAGGGAGACAGCAAGGUAACCUAUCAAAGUUGUCCACUCUCUUUCAAGUAAAAUGAUCUGGUGUUAGACAAGGUAAAAUAAAAAAGUGCUGAAAGACCUCUCAAAAUGAAAAUUGUUUAAUUUAAACAAAACAUAUGAAUAAAUACUGCUGCUGAUUUGAGCAAGUAGUUAAAUUUUCUAUAGGCAUGCAUUAAAUAUGGCUGACAAUUUACAAUUAAUCUGGCAUAUACAGUUGGCACUUGGGAUAUACAAAUAUAUUAAUAAACAUGGCUAAGUCUGAUUCAAAUAUAAAACUUUUAUAGUAGCAUUUGUUGAAGUAUAAACGCUAUAUUAUAAAUAUAUUUAUAUCAGCAUUCUAAUUCCGUUUAUAUUGUCGCGGCAAAUUCAAAUUUUAUCGAACCACAUGCUCGAAUUUCACAAAAGAAGAUUGGAGGUAUUUUCUUUAUAAUUUGCUUUAUUAUAAAUAAAAUAUAAACUUAUUCUUACCUGAACAUUAUGCAAACAUCCCUGAUGUAUUACUAGUGAAAAUCCAGUUGAAUCCCAUAAAAAAUAGUUCUAUUUUGCACAUAAACCAUUGACAAAACACUGACUUGAAAAAAUAUCGGAGGUGUGAUGAUCUAUCCCUUGAUGCUUUGCGCGUGUGGCAAGAAAACUAGACACCAGUCUAGCAGUCGCGCACAUUGCGGUAAUUAUUCAUUUAAUCUCAAUCUCGUUCCCCGAGCCUGCGAUCCUCGGGAAGGAACGCGAGGCUCUGGGAUAAUCCGUUUCAGGGAGGAAUCUGAUUGGCCAUUGAAAUGGAAUGCGUAGUUCAAUCUUAGCCAGGAUUCUUGGCUUCCGGUAACGGAUUAUCCCAGAGCCUUCGAUUCCUUCCCGAGGAUCGCAGGCUCGGGGAACGAGAUUGAUUUAAUCUUAGAAAAUAAAUAGUCCCAGUGUUAAAUUCUCUAUUAAUAAAUGUCUAUGAGUAAAAUAUGAUAUAGGAAUAGUGUAGUUGUAUAAGAAAUUAAAAUUCCUAUAAGAAUUCUUAUAGGAUAUGAUAAUGGUGAAAAAAUUCCUAUAAGAAAUAGAAAUUCCUGUAGGAAGGAGUUAUCUCGUAAAUUAUAUUUAUCUGUAUAAUUUUUAUAUAAGUAAAGUUCUUAUACCCAUGCAUGUAUCAGGCCAUAGUGAUAUAGGCUAUGAAUUUUUCCCACCAUUUUCCAAUCCUAUAAGAAUUUCUAUAGGAAUUUUUAUUUCCUAUAGGAUUUUUUUUCACCAUUUUCAAAUUCUAUAGGAAUUUUCAUUUCCUAUAGGAAUUCCUAUAGCCAUUUUCCAAUCCUAUAGGAAUUCCUACAGGAAUAUUUUUUCCUAUAGGAAUUUUUUCACCAUUUUAAAUUCCUAUAGGAAUUCCUGUAGGAAUUUUCAAUGCCAAUAGGAAUUCCUAUAGGAAAUUUCAAUUCCUAUAGGAAUUCCUAUAGGAAUUUUCAAUGCCUAUUGUAAUUCCUAUAGGAAAUUUUAAUUCCUAUAGGAAUUCCUAUAGGAAUUUUCAAUGCCUAUAGGAAUUCCUAUAGGAAAUUUCAAUUCCUAUAGGAAUUUUCAAUUCAUAUAGGAAUUCCUAUAGGAAUUUUGAUUUCCUAUAGGAAUUCCUAUAGGAAAUUUUCGUAAGGGAUAUUACUUGACAUGUAUAAUGCAGAUUAAUGCUUUGAAGUAUUCAGAUUUAUUUGGUUCACUUAGAUAAAUCACCAUUCAAUUAGUGUUCAUACUUCAUGUUAAUGGUAAUAUUGUUUCCACCAAUCAAAUUGGCCCCUUCAUUUUGCGCCCUUUUCAAGUUUAACCAAAUUGUCGUAUGCAUAAUUUUAGGAGGACAUUUAAAAUUGUAAGGUAACUUUUCAUUUUAACACUCGUGUUUAAUUAAGUAAAAUAACUUGUUAUAGUAAAAAGUAUACAGAAGAUAUAUAAAGAAUAUAAAAUAUUUACAUAUUAACAGAUGAGUAAAAACCAGGAAAAUGCCUGUGAAGGGGGAGAGUUGCCGGAUACAAAUGGUAUUUAUAUGUCUUAUAUGUCCGUAUUUUUCUGUUUACAAAUCUUUCUGAAAACUGAAUAUGUUGGUCUUGUUGAAAUAUAAACUGAGAAUUUUCAUUUUUUGGGUUAUGCAAGACCAUGCAAGUUCACAUUCUCAGUACGACUGCAAUUUGAAUUUUAUUUCAAAAGCGGUAUAAAAAGUGCAUUGUUAGACAAUAUUAAGUUAAGUCAACAAUCUUUGUUUUUGUUUGUCUUUGCAGAUGCAGAGCAAAGUGAAGGACUUCCCGAAAUGGAGACUGGUAAGUUUUUUAGUAAGAAUUCCAAUUUUGUUUGAACUGAAUAGUCCAUAAUAUAUAAUACCAUAUUUUGUAGAUGUGUCAAAUGCUGAAACAGCGCCUGGUUCAGACCACAGCCAAAGCCUUAACGGUAUGAUUAUGCAUUAUGUAUUUGGUAUUUAUGGCUAUAAAUAUAGACUAUAUAUAAACAAUAUAAUAAACAUGAAAAUAUACUAGUUUCCCUACCCUUUGGGUAUAGUAUUAUGCUAUGUGUUUAUUAAUGAAGUCUUAGAUGAACAUUCAGUAAACUGUACAUGCAUAUUUUUAAUAGGUCAGUUGGCAGAGAAAGACAACCAAAUUAGGCAAAAGGUUGAAUUUAAAG